AUGAGAGUACAGACAACAUCAUUCACGCUGAGAGUACAGACUACAUCAUUCAUUUUAACAGCUACCAUGGUGAACUCAAUAACACGUUUCAUUCGCACAUUGAGUAUUGCAUCAAUACUGUGCUGUAGUUUGUUGACAUGCCCGGCAACAACUGAUGACGAUCCGCUGUAUCUCUACCCGGAGGUCUUUAAUGACCCCGAACGCGACGCCUUUCUGUAUGGUAUGUUUCCCGAAGGCUUUGUUUGGGGAACGGCUACCUCGGCAUACCAGAUAGAAGGAGCCUGGGAUGAAGACGGCAAAGGAGUUCAUAUUUGGGAUACUUUCUGUCACGAAGGAGGCAAUGUUCACGAAAAUCAGACUGGCGACGUAGCAUGUGACAGUUACCAUAAAUACCCCACUGAUAUUGAGUUGAUGAAAGACAUCGGUGUUCACUCGUACAGAUUUUCUAUUUCGUGGACCAGACUCAUGCCCGAUGGCACAACAGCUUACAUUGAGCAGCGAGGAAUAGAUUACUACAACUCCCUCAUAGACAAACUCAUCGAUGCAGGAAUCGUUCCCAUGGCAACGUUGUAUCACUGGGAUUUGCCUCAGGCAUUGCAGGACAUUGGUGGUUGGGAGAAUGAAGAGUUAGUUGAGCAUUUCAAUGAUUAUGCUAGACUGUGCUACGAAAGCUUCGGGGAUCGAGUGAAAAACUGGAUAACGUUUAACGAACCAUACGUAGUCACCUGGUUGGGGUACGGUACUGGUGUAUUCGCGCCAGGAAUCGCUGACCCAGGCUUUGCACCGUACACUACAGCGCACACUAUUAUCAAAUCGCACGCUAAAGCGUAUCAUACGUAUGUCGAUGAGUUUAAGUCGACACAGAACGGCCAGGUUUCUAUAACGUUGAGCUGUGACUGGGGAGAGCCCGGCGAUCCGGACAACGAGGAAGAUGUUGCUGCAGCGGAUCGAUACAUGCAGUUUACCAUGGGAUGGUACGCUCAUCCAGUGUUCGUCAACGGUGACUAUCCGGAAGUAAUGAAAUGGCAAGUUGCGAAUAAAAGCAUGGAGCAAGGUUACAAUGAAUCCAGACUUCCCGAAUUCACCGAAGACGAGAAAGCUUUUAUCAAAGGGACUGGUGAUUUCUUUGCUUUGAAUCAGUACACGACGUCUAUGGUAAUCGACAUGUAUAGAGAAGACAGUCCGCCUCAUUAUGAACUUGACCAGGAUGUCUGCCGUUGGCAAGAAGACGAAUGGCCUACAUCCGGCUCAGACUGGCUGAGACCGGUUCCGUGGGGAUUCCGAAGAAUAAUCAACUGGAUCAAGAAAGAAUAUGGCGAUCUAGAGGUCUAUGUGACAGAGAACGGCGUUUCGACCAACGACACUGAUAACCUGAACGACAUCAGUAGAAUAACAUUCUACGCAGCGUAUACAAACGAAAUGCUCAAAGCCAUAUUGGAAGAUGGAGUUAACGUCAAAGGUUACUUUGCUUGGUCGCUGUUGGACAAUUUUGAAUGGGCAUCCGGGUACAGCGAGAGAUUCGGACUUCAUUACGUAGACUUUGAAAACGAUGAACGCCCAAGAACGCCUAAGGAUUCAUCCAAGUUUUAUUCAGACUUGAUUGAAAAUAAUGGUUACCAAGACACCAAACGCGACGCCUUUCUGUAUGAUAUGUUUCCCGAAGGCUUUGUUUGGGGAACGGCUACCUCGGCAUACCAGAUAGAAGGAGCCUGGAAUGAACACGGCAAAGGAGUUCAUAUUUGGGAUACUUUCUGUCACGAAGGAGGCAAUGUUCACGAAAAUCAGACUGGCGACGUAGCAUGUGACAGUUACCAUAAAUACCCCACUGAUAUUGAGUUGAUGAAAGACAUCGGUGUCCACUCGUACAGAUUUUCUAUUUCGUGGGCCAGACUCAUGCCCUAUGGCACAAAAGCUUACGUUGAGCAGCGAGGAAUAGAUUACUAUAACUAUAUCAUAAACGCUCUCCUCGAUGCAGGAAUCGUUCCCAUGGCAACGUUGUAUCACUGGGAUUUGCCUCAGGCAUUGCAGGACAUUGGUGGUUGGGAGAAUGAAGAGUUAGUUGAGCAUUUCAAUGAUUAUGCUAGACUGUGCUACGAAAGCUUUGGGGAUCGAGUGAAAAGUUGGAUAACGUUUAACGAACCAUACGUUGUCACCUGGUUAGGGUACGGUAUAAACGUAUUUGCACCAGGAAUAUACGACCCAGGCUUUGCGCCGUACCGUGCGGCGCACACUAUUAUUCUAUCGCACGCUAAAGCGUAUCAUACGUAUGUCGAUGAAUUUAAGUCGACACAGAACGGCCAGGUUUCUAUCACGCUGAGUUGUGACUGGGGAGAACCCGAAGAUCCGGACAACGAGGAACAUGUUGCAGCAGCAGACCGAUACAUGCAGUUUACCAUGGGAUGGUACGCUCAUCCAGUGUUCGUCAACGGUGACUAUCCGGAAGUAAUGAAAUGGCAAGUUGCGAAUAAAAGCCUGGAACAAGGUUUGGAUGAAUCCAGACUUCCCGAAUUCACCGAAGACGAGAAAGCUUUUAUCAAAGGAACUGGUGAUUUCUUUGCUUUGAAUCAGUACACGACAACUGUAGUAGUUGACAUGUAUAGAAACGACACUGAGCCUCAUUAUGAACUUGACCAGGAUGUCCACCGUUGGCAAGAAGACGAGUGGCCUACAUCCGGUUCAAGCUGGUUAAGACCGGUUCCGUGGGGUUUCCGAAGAUUAAUCAACUGGAUUAGGAAGGAAUAUGGCGAGCUUGACGUAUAUGUGACAGAGAACGGCGUUUCGACCAACGACACUGAUAACCUGAACGAUGAAAGCAGAAUAACAUUCUAUAAAGCGUAUACAAACGAAAUGCUCAAAGCCAUAUUGGAAGAUGGAGUUAACGUCAAAGGUUACUUUGCUUGGUCGCUAUUGGACAAUUUUGAAUGGGCAUCCGGGUACAACGAGAGAUUCGGACUUCAUUACGUAGACUUUGAAAACGAUGCACGCCCAAGAACGCCUAAAGAAUCAUCUAAGUUUUAUUCCAACUUGAUCAAAAAUAAUGGGUACAUAGAUCCCGUUACGGUGCCGUCCCAACCGAUUACCCAAGCCCCCGCUUCAUACGCUAAUGAGAAAAAGUCUUUCUCUGUUGCUGGCUAUUUCAUAUUAGUAUUUGUCAAUAUUUAUAUAACGACAUUGUGGAUGUAA